AUGAGUAUUACAUGGUCGGGGACGUAUCACACUAAUAAAGAUAGGUACGUGCCGGAUAACACCUCGGCUAAUGGGUGGAGUGGGCUAAGAUACGACUACGGAAACUUCUAUGCCUCCAAGACGUUCUUCGACCCGGCCAAGAAGUGGAGGAUCCCGUGGGGUUGGGCCAAUGAGUUCGAUGAUGCUAAUGUGGAUGUAGUGUUCUUGUUCUCGAGCUUGGACGGGGCUGAGCAAUUCAAUUCGAGCUGGGCAAACGUGCAAGACCUUUGUGGUCAGAAGGGCUCGGGAGUUCCGGGCAUAGUCGGGCCUUUCGGGCUCUUGACUCUAGCCUCUAAACGCCUAGAAGAGUUCACCCCUGUCUUCUUCAGGAUCUUCAAAGCAGAAGAUCCUAACAAAUACAAAGUCCUCAUGUGCUCUGAUGCAAGAAGGAUCUUCAAAGCGUAA